UGCUGCUGCUGCUGCUGCUACUGAGUGCUUUGUAUUCGGGGUGUGGCUAUAAAAGCGCAUACAAACACUUGUAAAUAAAAUUCAACUUGCGGAAUUCAAGCUCAUUACCGAGAAGACUGACUAUAUAAUUCACUCUAUGAUCUCUCCGUUUUUUCUUUCUCUCUCUCUCUCUCUCGCUCUCUCGAUCUCUCUCUUCCUCCUCCCUCCUAUCUCUCUCUCUCUCUUCAUCGCGGAUACAUGCACGGUCUGACUUUGGCACGGUGUGUUUUUUUUUUUAUCAGUGCUGCGUGAUUAAUCGUUCGACUCUCGCCAGUCGAAUGCUUUGUUGUACACAUCAAUCUGUGAUUUCGAGCUCGCGCAGCUCCGUGUAAAUGCGGAGAAAAACGCGCUGUGCGCUUGGCAGAAGACGUUUUUGACGUUCCUUACAUUACAGCAAGUGCCAUGAAUUUGUAAACUGCUCUUCUCUCCUCCCCUCUGUGCCUGCCUGCCUGCCUACCUGCCUGGCCUGUGCCUGUGCCCGUGCCGAGAGUAUUACAACAAUUUUAAUAUAUACGGCACAUAUACACGCAUUCGCGAUAUACGCUUGUUUGUAGCAAAUGUAUAGUACUUAUCGUACGUACAUCCAAUUAUUACACAUAGGCCGCGAGACGUCCAUAUCUAUGUAUAUGAGAAACUCUGUGUACACCAGUGCGGCAGUCCAUGAUACCCAGGGGUGAGAGCCCUAUGUGGGAUGUUGAGCGCGGGCACAGCUGCCUCUCAGACCCAUCACAACAACACCGAGUACACGGAGAUGUCUCGCCUGGCAGAUUACUUCGUCAUCGUGGGUUAUCAUCAUGAGAAAGAAAGGAGUGGUACCAGCAGUGGAUUGAUUCUGCAAAGAUUUCCUGAAAAAGAUUGGCCUGACACUCCUUUUAUCGAAGGGAUAGAAUGGUUUUGUCAACCACAAGGAUGGGCUCUGUCCACCGAAAGGCAAGAGCCAAGGUUCUUUGUGUCCAUAUUAACAGACAUAGAUGCAAAUCGUCAUUAUUGUGCUUGCAUGUGUUUCAAUGAAACCGUAUCCAUAACACCUAGCAAGCCAGUAGACGAUGAAGAAGAUCCUGUCGAUGGAGAUAGUCAGACUUUGGUCAAAGCUUUGCCAGCCAUAGCUCAUCAUAGCAUUAUGUAUGCGCCAAAAUGUUUGGUUUUAGUAUCCAGACUUGACUACAUUGAAACUUUUCGUAAUUGUCUAGGUAUCAUUUAUACAGUUUAUGUAGAGAAUCUAGGAAUUCCUUUAGAAACUUUAGUAGGUAAUAUUUUGGGAUGUAUACAAGUUCCACCUGCUGGUGGACCUCAAGUACGCUUCAGUAUUGGUGCAGGUGAUCGUCAAGCUCUGCAGCCACCAAUUAGUCCUUCUCUUCCCAUAACGCAUACUAGUGUUAAUUUGUUAUUCCAACAAUUGGGUAUAAGAAAUGUGUUAGUAUUAUUUUGCGCUGUCAUGACAGAGCACAAACUUCUUUUUCAUUCAGCAAGUUACUCGAGAUUAACAGAAGGUUGCAGAGCGCUCACAGCACUUAUGUACCCAUUUCGAUAUACUCAUGUGUACAUUCCACUAUUGCCAGCUGCACUAGUAGAAAUUUUAAGCACACCGACUCCUUUCAUUAUGGGAGUUCAUAGCUCUCUAAAAUCUGAAGUAGCAGAACUGAUGGACGUAAUCGUAGCUGAUCUAGAUGGUGGUUCAAUAAUUGUGCCAGAUGGUGUGUCGCUGUCCCUUCUUCCAGAACCAUUGCUAUCUCAAACUCAAGAUGCACUGUCCUUAGUGCUUCAACCCGAGCUAGCAUGCGCUGACUAUGCCUUUCCGCCUCUAGCUACGAGAGCACCGCAUCCACCAAUGCUUGACAAGGAAUUGCGCGCAGUUUUCAUGAGGACAUUCGCUCAAUUACUUCAGGGAUAUCGUAGUUGUCUCACUCUCAUACGGAUUCAUCCAAAACCAGUCAUAACUUUUCACAAAGCAGCUUUCCUGGGCGAGCGCAAUUUAACAAAAUGUGAUUUCACGACUCGUGUCUUAGACUGCAUGUUUUAUACGUCAUUUAUUGCUGAACGUGGACCCCCGUGGCGGCCUUGCGACGUAUGGGACGAAUUGUACAGUAAUUUGAGUGAUCAAUUGAAACAAGAAUCUCAGGAUUCAAGAUUAAUUUUAACGCAUAUCCAAGAACUGGCACAACAAUUAUAUACAAAUGAAUAUCCGAAUCCUCAACCUUAUGUACAAAAAAUAUUGAAGCCCCCAGAAGGAGCUUUUGCACGGAUUCAUCAACCUUUAUUUCCUCAAAUCAAUACAGAAACGGUACAAGCCAUCAUUGACGAAGGCUUGGCUAAAAGUAAUCUUAAAGUCAGGCCAAUUCAACCUCGCAUCGUACCGACAGGACCACACAUAUCUCUGGUACACGAUACCCGACAUCUGGUCAGUAAUUCAGCCCGCAGGCUCGAAGUUCUUCGCAGCUGCAUUAACUGCAUAUUCGAGAACAAAAUCGCAGACGCUCGCAAAACAUUUCCAGCUGUUUUGCGAGCUCUUAAGAGCAAAGCCGCGCGACUCGCUCUGUGCAUGGAGCUUUCGCAGCACGUCGUUGGAAACAAGGCAAUGCUAGAACAUCAGCAGUUCGAUCUAGUCGUCAGAUUGAUGAAUUGUGCCUUGCAAGGAGACUCGUCCAUGGACGAACACGGUGUGGCCGCCGCCCUGCUGCCAUUGGCUGCUGCAUUCUGUCGAAAAUUGUGCACUGGCGUCAUCCAGUUCGCUUAUACCUGCAUCCAGGAACACGCCGUGUGGCAAAAUCAACUUUUUUGGGAAGACGCAUUCUAUCAAGACGUGCAGAAAGACAUAAAACGUCUUUAUCUCCCUGGCGAAAACCAUCGCUACAACGACGGCAGUAGCAAUAGCUUAUUAUCACCAACGAGUCCACGCGACACUCGCGAUCUUUUCAUGCGCGAUCGUGCCUCGUUUUAUCGUGGCCAAGAAGCAUCUGCCUUGGAAAUAGCCGCCGAACAAAUGCGAAUAGCGUCUGGUAUAAAUGCCGAAAAACAGAAAGAACUGAUAUCAAGCGAAGAAAGCACUCUGUACAGUCAAGCAAUUCACUACGCCAAUAGGAUGGUCAAUCUGCUUGUACCUCUGGACAUUGGAGCCAAGACGCAUCGGCAAGACCACAUUGUGAACGAAGAUGAGCGUGCCAGCAAUAGCAUCACUAAUAGCGUUGCAAGCGAUAGCGGAGAUGCAGAAUCCGGCUUCGAAGAAACUGACCCCGGAGAAUUGGGUAGCGCAGUUAUACGGCGAGUGUCACGUUUCGUCGACCGGGUUUGUACCGAAGGUGGCGUAAGUGCUGAACACGUCAGGUGCCUGCACCAAAUGGUUCCUGGCCUCGUACAUAUGCACAUCGAAACCCUUGAAGCGGUCCAUCGGGAGAGCAAACGCUUGCCACCAAUACAAAAACCGAAAAUAUUGACUCCAAAUAUGCUACCUGGGGAAGAAGUCAUAAUGGAGGGUUUGAGAGUUUAUCUUUUACCCGACGGUCGUGAAGACAGUUCAUCUGGCGUGCUCAAAACACCACCAUUCCUACCUGCAGAGGGUGCAAUAUUCCUUACUAAUUAUCGUAUCGUCUUCAAGGGCAUACCUUGCGAUCCUUUUGCUUGCGAGCAAAUGGUUGUUCGAGCGUUUCCGGUGACCUCUCUGACAAAAGAGAAAAAGGUACCCGUGCAACAUCUAGCUCACAUCGAUCAGUGCCAUCACGAGGGACUUCAGUUACGCUCCUGCACCUUUCAAUUGAUAAAACUAGCUUUUGACGAAGAAGUCACGCCGGAGAACAUCGAAACUCUACGCAAGCUCGUUCACAAAGCUCGCAAUCCACCACAUAUAUUCCAUCAUUUUGCUUUCAGUGGACAAGUUCUGGUUGCACCUACAAAUCAUAAUAAGGGAAAAGAAAAACACGCAACGUUAAAGGGUUUUGCUAAAAAAACACUAUUGAAAACAGCUCGAAAAGCUGGUUUCAAACCGAAACAAUCUUCGAAACGACAGAAGUAUGUACUGCCGAACAUGAAUCUCACCACAAAUAACAAAUACAUGACGUCACCUGGUCGCAUGAGUUUACCAAUUACAGAAAACAGCAACGAUCUUAGUCAUGACGAUGAUCUAAGCAUUGAUGAAUUUGAAGUGCCAGGGAUCGUUGUGUCUCCUGUAACUGAUGCCAAAACCUUGGAACGUCUUUCCGAGCGCUCCUACGUGCGAGAUUGGUACAGAUUAGGUUUAUGUCCGAGUAGUCCACACAACAAUCGUCGCAAUGAACCAUUUAGAUUGUCAUCAGUCAAUUGUGCCUAUAUGAUGUGCCGAAGCUAUCCAGCUCUAUUCAUAGUUCCUAAUGCCGUAACCGAUGAAAGCAUACGCAGGUUUAGCCGGCUAUACCGGCACAAUCGUAUUCCGAUUGUAACCUGGAGGCAUCCGCGAACCAAGGCUUUGUUGAUUCGCGGUGCAGGAUACCAUGGCAAGGGUGUGAUGGGUAUGCUAAAAACACAUCCGAGUGGAGCUAGCAACCUAAAAGCUAACUCUUCGGAAACAACCUCGUCAUUGGAGCUAGAAAAAUAUUUAGGAGCAUUCGUGGCCUCCACUCCGGUAUCGGUACUCAGGCAAGGUUCGGCCUGGGGAAUGUCAGAUAGCUCCUUGAGCAUAGAUUCAUUGUUGUUAGCAGCCGAAGAUCGAAAUGCCACACCGGAGCAGUCGCGGCGCAAUCCAUUCAACAAAGCCAUGAAUACUCUCACUUCAUCCGGUGGCAAGGGACCAAAAAGUUUUGGUCGCUGGGGCUCUCUGAAAGAUAAGCGACAGAGCUCACAAGCUUCGCUAACGACAGUCAAUCAUCAACGAGGGACUGUGAGACACUCUGCUGACUCGGAUAGUGGCACUGAGUGCGUUCACACUUUUCAACGAGCCGCUCUGUAUAUACUUGGCGAGAAAGCACACAUGAAAGGUGUUAUUAAAGCAGAAUCUGCUCCCAAGACUGAUUUUAUACCAGUUGAAUUUUACGACGUUCGACAUACGAAAGCUGCGUUUAAAAAGUUGGUGAGAGCUUGUGUCCCGAGCUCGCCUAACAUUGAACCAGACACUAGUUUUUAUAAAUUGAUUGAAAGCUCAGAAUGGUUGCAACAAUUGCAAAGUCUUAUGCAAUUAUCAGGAGCUGUCAUUGACUUGAUGGAUUUACAAGGAUCAUCAGUAGCAGUAUGUUUGGAAGACGGUUGGGAUACAACAGCCACUGUUUGUUCAAUAGCUCAAGUCUGCUUGGAUCCGCAUUAUCGUACAAUCGAAGGUUUUCGAACACUCAUUGAAAAGGAAUGGCUGGGAUUUGGCCAUCGUUUCGGACAUCGUAGCAAUUUGGCGGCCAACUCGCAAACGACCAAUUUCACACCGACUUUUCUACAAUUCCUCGAUAUCAUACAUCAAAUACAGCGACAGUUUCCUUUGGCUUUUGAAUUCAAUGAUUAUUACUUGAAAUUUUUAGCUUAUCAUUCAGUAUCGUGUAGAUUCAGAACGUUCUUGUUGGAUUGUGAAUUUGAUAGAGUCGAGUGCGGAAUCACUGCAGUCGAAGAUAAAAGAGGUUCACUUACUAGUCACCACAAAGGCGUAGAUACUGGUAGUGAUGACGAGACAGUUUACCCGGGCGGUAGAAUGGCUGGAGCAUCCCAAGGUUCCAAUCUUGGACAAAGCAUAUUUGAUUAUAUUGAGAAACAACACGCUCGUUCGCCCUUAUUUUUCAACUUUUUGUACUCGCCUAAUGGUGAAAAUCCUAUACUUCGACCGGUCUCGCAUCUGCCGAGCCUUGAUAUAUGGAAUUAUUAUUUGGAAGAAGAGCUUGCUCAUGGUCCUGCAUACGAUCUAGAAAUACUUCAACAAGAUUCACAACAAGAAGAAGAGGCUGAAGCAGCCGAUGGUAUCGUUAAAAGUAAUCGCAAAGCUGUCACUAUGGGCUACAACGGAGUUAACAAUAUGGUACCCGAUCAGUUCACUCAUCUACUGGAAGAAAUUCACAAACUAGAAACUGAGCUUGGUCAUUUACCUCAAAAAUGGAAAGUUUUGUGGGAUAAACUAGAACUGCCCAAUACAGAUUCAUUAACGAGACACGCUUCCUUCAGUACAGCUCUUGUCAGACAUCAUGGACGAUUAAUUCAUAAACGUUCAACUUUAGAACUGCUUUUGCGAGGUAAACUUGCCGGCGGUUCUGCUACAGGGCCCGAGAGUUCUUCUACUUACGUUCAUCCCCACAGGUUUGAAAAGCUUGAUACAGCAACACCUCAACAUUGCGACGCAUGUUCCGGAAUUUUAUGGGGACCAGUGAAAGCCGGUUUAAGAUGUGUUGACUGUGGUCAUGUGUGCCAUGAAAAAUGCGCCGAUUCCGUAUCAAAAAAUUGCACAAAAUAUAAGGCUGUUGGUUCAGAAAAUUUACAAAAUCACACUUUGACGCGUAGUGGCGGUGAUACUGGUAGCGUUAAUUCAAGUGUAACAACACUACAGACAUCGUCACAACAAUACUACGAACAAUUUUCUAGUAAUGUAGCUGAAAAUCGUACUCACGAAGGCUUUUUGUAUAAACGCGGAGCUUUACUCAAGGGUUGGAAGCAGAGAUGGUUUGUUCUUGAUUCAAUCAAACAUCAAUUGAGAUAUUACGAUGCUGUUGAAGAUUCAAAUUGCAAAGGAUAUAUAGAUCUUGCUGAAGUUCAAUCAGUGACUCCCGCAGCGCCUGUACAAGCUCCGGGAAAAAGGACUGAUGACAAAUCAUUUUUCGACCUACGCACAAAUCGUCGAACUUACAACUUUUGUGCUGGUGACGCUGCAUCAGCUCAAGAGUGGAUCGAGAAAAUUCAGGCGUGCUUGCAGUAGUGCCUCAAUUUUGAUCUGACUUUUUAUGCUAUUGAGAAAAUUCGCCAACUGACUGAUAGGAUUAACGGUCCCACUUUUGUGAAAUACUUUUGUAUAGCGCACAUAUAUAUACUAUAAAUUAUCAUAAAUGUGAAAAAAGAUCAGUAAAAGUAGUUUUUAAUUA